AUGACCAGCAUUCUCUCGCUUCUUUACAAGUUGUCGCUCUAUCGCCGGGCAACCAGCACCUCACAGCAAAGCGAGUCAGGAUGGCGAUUUGGUAAUCAACACGAGGAAGAAAAAUUUGGAAGUAAAGAUAAGGAAACCCUGAAAGUUUCAUCUGUGAAUGUCUGCUCUGGUCAGGCAAUUCCAAGGCGAGCUCAGCCAAUGACGGAGCCACAUGAGACUGUUAACUCUUCUUCCUGCACCAAUUCAUUGUCUGCAAUUCGAACUGUUCGCGAGGCAUUUUCUUCCCCCUCACCCUCUGCGUCAUCUGCCUCGUCAACUGCUUCAUCUUCUUCUGCUUCUUCAUCCCGAUCCUCGUCGGCUUCUACGAAUGGGCAUCAUCUUCUUCUCGAAGCCGAGCUUGCCUCGGAGGAGAUAAUCUCGGCAUCAAUUGCAUUGACCACAGACCUUGAGGACUUAUCUCGAUCUGAAAAACGUGAUUCUGGAAUAUCUUGUACUACAAACAGUGGCCAUUCAUCCAGUGGUUUCUGUAGCAAAGCCGAGACCCCUUGUUCAACUUCCAGGUGA